AUGCGCCUCUCUCUCCUUGCCGGCCUGGCAUCCCUGGCCUCCAGUGUCACGGCCACCGCCCUGACCUACCAGCUCCAAGCACACGAGACGGCAUGCUUCCACGCCGAUGUUGAAGAGGCCAACGCCAAGGUGGCCUUUUACUUUGCGGUGCAAUCUGGCGGGUCUUUCGAUCUUGAUUACUCGGUCACCGCACCCGGCGGCAAGGUAGUUAUGGAUGGAACGAAAGAGCGACAGGGCGAUUUUGUUUUCACGGCCCAGAGCUCGGGCGAGUAUACGUUCUGCUUCAACAACGAGAUGUCGACCUUUGCCGAGAAGCUGGUUGACUUUGAGAUUUCGGUUGAGAACGAGCAACGCACCCAGCUGCCCUCCCGCCAGGGCGCCACCCCCGAACAGACCACCAGCCUCGAGGAGUCCAUCUACAAGCUGUCCGCUCAGCUCUCCACCAUCUCUCGCACCCAGAAGUACUUCCGCACUCGUGAGAACCGCAACUUCAGCACCGUCCGGAGCACCGAGCGCCGCAUCUUCAACUUCAGUGUCAUCGAGGGUCUGAUGAUGGUGUCGAUGGCCGGGCUGCAGGUCUUUGUCGUGCGCUUCUUCUUCCAGGGCGCCCGGAAAGGCUACGUGUGA